AUUUCUUUUCAUUAAUACUUAAAUAUGUCUCAAGGUACUUUAUACGCCGGUGAUUUCGGCCGCAGUGUUCUUCCAAGAGCUCUUAUCAAGCACUUCAACUUGGAUAUUGCCAUUGAAGGUACUGAUUCUGAAGCUUACAAGACCAACUUCCCAUUGAAGAAGGUUCCAUGUUUCAUUGGACCAAAGGGUUACAAGUUGACUGAAGUCCUUGCUAUCUCCGUUUACUUCAUUAACCUCGGUGACUCUUCAUCCAAGCUUCUUGGUAAGAACGCUCAAGAAUACGCUCAAGUUCUUAAGUGGUUCUCUCUUACCAACUCUGAAUACGCUUCCAACCUCACUGUUGUUUUCAAGACUAUCACUGGUGCUCUUCCAUACAACAAGAGAGCCAUUGAUGAUGCUGCCAAGGGUGUCAACCAAGUUGCUGACAUUUUCAACCUACGUCUUCUUGACUACACCUUCCUCGUUGGUGAAAGACUUACCGUUGCCGAUCUUUUCGCUGCUUCGCUUUUCGUUGGUGCUUUCAACUUCUACGGUAAGGAAUUCAGAACUGCUCACCCAUACCUUACUAGAUGGUUCAAGACUUUGAUUGCCCACCCAAUCUUGGCUGCCAUUGUUGGUGAAUACAAGUUUGUUGACGCUCCAGUUGAAAUCGCUCCACCAAAGAAGGAAAAGAAGGCUGCUCCAAAGAAGGAAGCCGCUCCAAAGGCUGCUGAAGAAGCUGAACCAGCUCCAGCUCCAAAGCCAAAGCAUCCAUUGGAAGCUCUUGGUAAGCCAAAGCAAGCUCUUGACGAAUGGAAGAGAGUUUACUCUAACGAAGAAACUAGAGAAACUGCCAUUCCAUGGUUCUGGAAGAACAUGUACGACCCAUCUGAAUGGUCCCUCUGGAAGGUUGACUACAAGUACAACGAUGAAUUGACCAUGACUUUUAUGUCCAACAACUUGGUUGGUGGUUUCUUCAACCGUUUGUCUGCUUCCGUUAAGUACAUGUUCGGUUGUAUGGUUGUUUUCGGUGAAAACAACAACAACGGUAUCACUGGUUUCUUCCUUGUUAGAGGUCAAGAACACGAACCAGCUUUCGAUGUUGCUCCAGAUUGGGAAUCUUACUCCUUCAAGAAGUUGGAUGACACCCCAGAAACUCGUGAAUUUGUUGACAACAUGUUGGCUUGGGACAAGCCAGUUGUUUACAACGGUGAAAACAGGGAAAUUGCCGACGGUAAGGUUUUGAAAUAGAUUCAAUAAUUAGAGAAUAUUAUAUCCAAUUAGACACCCAUA